AUGCUACCCAAAACGAGUUUGCCACCGAAAGAAGUGUGUGUUACGAGAGUCUCUCGUCGUUCCGGUCAUCAAUCAGAGGAGGUACCUCCCAUUCGAAGUUCGUCAUUAAAACCAAUCCAUGUUACAAGACUCUCUCGUCGUUCUGGCAAUCGAUCACAAACAGUGCUCCUCGGUCGAAAAUGGUCACCAAAAGGAGUUCGUAUCACGAAACUUUCUCGUCGUUCCGAAAAUCAGUCACCACCGAUGGUCUCCAUUCAAAGUGCGUCAUUACAAGAUUUCUACGGCAUGCAAGUUUCUCACCGUUCUGGUGAUCGAUUACUAGAAAUUCCUGUGAGAUUUUUGAGAUUGCUCUCCGAAACCUAUUUACGAGAUAAAAUAUUCUAAAUACUUUUUAUAGGAUUCUUUCUCUCUGGAAACUGGCACUCCGUCUAUCACUGGUCAGCAUGAAACAAUUUCUCCUAUUGACAAUAAAAAGGUAGCAUAAUUUUAAAAGAAUUUCGGCUGGGUGUGGGUCUCGCCAUCACACCCACACACCCACACCCACACCCAAACCCACACACCCACACCCA